ACCCCAGGCUGUGUUCAAAGGAAUAAAAAUCCACAAGGCUGAUGCGAAGUGACGCACCACGCUGAUAAUCAUUGGCACCGGUAUUUUAUUCCGAUGAUGUUGUGAGUAACCUAUUCUUGCAUCGAUGCUCAUCGUCACAUUUUCCUUGUUCAAUUGAACCUUGCUUCUGUGUUGUUAUCAUGUCCACAUUAAAAAAUUCACCUUCAUUCACAAUCCAUUAAUAAAUUUCCCCACCAACUUUCACCCUGAACCAUUUGUCCUGGGUGGAAAAAAGAUUCGUUUUUUCUUCAGAUCUCAGGUUUUUCACUUGGUUUUCCUUCACGGGUUGUUGUCCCUCCAGAAAAAUUGUAACCCCAUCAGGCUCAAUAGCAAUACCCUUUUCUCCGAAAACCCAUCUUUUUGCGACCUUUUUUUUUUGGUUCUGGUGAUUGAGAGAAUCCAUAGAUAGAUGUGAAUUUCGAAGGGAUCUGGGAAUAGCAAGGGGCAAUGUUAGGGGCGGUGCAGUUGGGGUUAUUGGCGGCGUGUGUGGUGCUGUUUGUGCCAAUGGGUAUGGCGGGUUGGCACUUGAGCCGCAACAAGGUCCUCUUUUUUAGUGGCGCACUCUUCAUUACUCUUGCAGUUGGUGUCCACCUCACUCCUUAUUUCCCUUCAGUCUCUGAUUUCGUCUCAUCUGUUUCUUCUUCUUCUUCCUCUUCUGUUGAUGACUUUGUUGUCAAUGAUCGCGAUUCUUGUGUGUAUUCGCUUCACGAAAUUGACUGGGAGGUGAAACCCAGUAGGGUCUUUGACCCUUCUUUGAAUAACAAUUCUGUGAACUAUGACAAGUCUUGGUCUUGGAGCAGAUCGAGUUCUGUGGAUUCUUGUGAGUUUCAGAGGCUGAAACGGCAUGAUGUUUCUGAUUUGCUUAAUGGGUCUUGGGUCAUGGUGGCAGGGGAUUCCCAAGCUCGAAUCUUUGCGCUUUCAUUGCUGAGUUUGGUUAUGGAGUCGGAGCGUGUGGAAUCAGUUAAAGGGUCUUUGUUUAAGAGGCAUAGCAAUUAUCACGUUGUUUUUGAUGAGAUAGGGAUGAAAUUGGAUUUUAUAUGGGCACCUUAUACCUCCAAUUUGACCAAUUUGGUAAUGGAGUUUAAGCAGAAACACAUUUAUCCAGAUCUUUUGGUGAUGGGUUCUGGUUUAUGGGACAUGCUGCAUAUCACGAAUGCUUCGGAUUAUGGUGCCUUGUUACGAUUGUUGAGGAAUUCUGUAACAUCACUGUUACCUAUCACCCCAGAAUUUGGCACAGAUGGGCCUGUAACUGGUUCUGUAUCGGUUAGAUCUCCACACUUGUUUUGGCUAGGCAUGCCAACUUUGAUAAACUCCAUGUUAAAUACACAGGAGAAGAAGGAUAAGAUGACUGAUCUAAUGAGAGGUGAAUAUGAGAGAGAGCUCCAGAAAAGCAACAUAUUGCGGCAGUUUGGUGGCCCACUUCAACUAUUGGAUAUAGGGUCACUGAGUUGGAAUUGUGGGAUCAAAUGUACAGAUGAUGGGAUGCAUUAUGAUGGAGUUGUUUAUGAAGCUGGGGUUCAUAUUAUGUUAAAUGCAUUGCUUAUUGAAUCUCAUCAGAAGCUCUGAUUCUCUGAAGUUUGUAGCAUUCAUUCCCUCUUAGAUGUUCUCAGCUCCCUCUUUCAGAGAUAUAUACGGUAGGAUACUUUGACGAUUUUGAUUAAUAUAAGUUGAGUUCUUCCAUCAUAGGUUGCUAAAUUUUGCCUGGUUUCUCCAGGCAAAAAGAUUCAAUUAGUUUUAGAGUGAUUGUUAUACCAAAUCAAAUUUGAAAAUUCUUUUUGGUUUUUCUUCUUUUUUCUUGUUCAAUUGUAUGCUCCAUUGUAUGCUAACAGCUCAUCUAUUAGUCACAGAAGUUGGAAAUUCAAAUUUCUGUACAAACAAUUCAUACAUGCUC